AGUUCCCUUCGACAAUGAUGUUUCAUGUCCGUUUUCAUAAUUUUGUGGCCACUUUCAUAACGCGACAGUUCAGUUCUGUGACGUAUUUAUCCUUAUAUCUUCAUAUUUCACACUCUAAUUCUCUUCAUUAUAGAAAUGCAAAGACCAAACAGCUUAUUCUAUUCUCCCCAGCCUAGCCAGCGGAAACGUAAGUUGUUCACAGUGUUCUAAUAUACACCUACGAACUGAGUACAUAUUGAAUUGUCUGAACUUUAUUUCCUUUCCGAAAUUUCCAGGUCACCCACGCAAAGUAUACCUUGAACUGAUGGUCCUUGUUGACAGCGCAUUUCGAAAGCAAUUUGCUUCAAAGGAUUUAUUAUUGCGAUACCUUUUGAUUACCAUAAAUUCGGUCAACCUAAAGUACCUUACAGUAUCGGACCCAGAAGUAGCAAUCAUCCUGCGGGCGGUGGAGGUUUGUAACGUAAGCAGAUGAAGGGAAUCCUGAUAAAUUUUUAUUUCCUCUUUCUCUUUUUCUUGAUGAUUUCUUACACAUCAAUUCCUUUUUAAGCACCGUACGGAAAAUAAUUUUCUUGUACGAAAUGGAAGCAAGCGCAUACAAGGCCUUGACACUCUGCUCAAGCUCCAGAGAUAUGUCAUAUGGAAUUAUGACAAAUACUACACUUACGACGCGUUGUACCUAAUUACAGGCCUCGACAUGGGCUACCAUGGAUUUUAUGGCUGGGAGUCUGGACAACAAGGCAUUGCAUUCAUUGGAGGUGUGUGCACCAUCGAUAAGAUGGGCUUGGGUGAAGACAAGGCAGACACCUUCAGCGGCGUACGAAUAACAGCUCACGAACUGGGGCAUAUGCUCGGCUGCCCUCAUGAUGGUCAACAAUACACGCACUUCUCAUCGAAGAACUGCCCUUGGAGCGAUGGCUUCAUGAUGACCUCCUUGUCCAAUAGCAGCAGGAGCAUGAAGUUCUCCACGUGUUGCAACAAAGCCAUAUCGGAACUUGCACGGUCGCCGCAAGGAGACUGUCUCGAAACAAUGAACGCUACUCGACGAAUAAACAAGAAGCACGACACUGAUGAUCUCCCCGGCGACGUGUUAACCCGAGACGACGUUUGCAGGCUCGCUUUUCCUGAGGCGGAAGACAUUCGCUUUGUGACAGACAAUAGUACAGCAAGAUGCUAUGCUGAUUGCUAUUCGCCAUCUCUGAAUAAGACCCUGCGUACAAUCCUCCCAGAUAAUUCUCGAUGCAACGAGACUAGCAUUGAAGGAAUACAGUCAAGGCAGAUGGUUUGCGUCAACGGUGAUUGCAGAACUAUACGCAACAAGUACCCAGUCGAACCAGUGAAACCCACCCGUCAAUAA